UUGACAUCUGCAUUUCCAUUCUAUAUCCGCGUCAGAAUUAGACGCUAACUAAACAAGCAUUUAACAACUUAUUUUUCGAUAAACAAAUAUUUUUUAUUUUGAACCUGCGUUUAAUAACAAUUCAACACAAUGACCGAACACGAGCGCUCUGUGUACGCCAAGUUAGAAGCUAUUAAAGACAUAAGGUCUAAAACAAUUCAGCUUGAGAAAAUAAAAGCAAAACUUAUACUUGAGCUUGAAGGGCAAGACCAGGAAGAGAAAUGUCUUUCUGAAUACAAGUCGGAGAUGGAGAUGCUCUUGCAGGAAAAGAUGUCACAUGUAGAAGAAUUAAGACAGAUUCAUGCUGAUAUUAAUGCAAUGGAAGGUGUCAUUAAACAUGCUGAAGAAAGCAGAGUGAGGGCCAUUUCAAAUGCUUCAAGGUUACAUGAGGAAUAUUUGCCUCUAAAGCAAGAGGUAAACAGAUUAAGAAGAGAAUGUUUAGGUCUGGAGCGUUUACCAGAGCUGCAUGAAGAGGAAGGUGUUCACAUUUCAGCAGAGCGAUUAACACACUUGUUUGCUAAUAAUAAACCGCCGCCGCAGUACAACAAAAACAGCGCAGAGUGGACGCGUCCACUCCAAACGCCCGAGAAUCAAAUCGGGCCGUUGGCACCGCCAAUGCCGCCUACGUUUUUGCCUCCGCCGAGUCCGCUACGUCUUGUUGCAAACAAGCCAGAGCAGGGCAGGCCCUCUCCACUUGCACAACAACAGCAUCCUGGGCCACCGGCGCCCACCUUCAGGUCCGACAUUGUCAACAUGAGGCAACAACCGCCACCGAUGAAGUCUUGCCUCAGUUGUCAUCAGCAGAUCCAUCGCAAUGCGCCCAUCUGCCCACUUUGCAAAGCCAAGUCGCGCUCACGUAAUCCCAAAAAACCCAAGAAAAAGGACCACUAAACUUCGAAACAAUUUUAACAUACAAAAAGCCAAUACUAUUUGAUGUGCCAAUUAGUAUAAGCAACGUAUACCUUUAACUUAUUCGUCGGAAUAAUCAAUGAAUUAAGAAUUAAUGUUUAGGUUAAUUUCUACUAAGAAUAUUACAUAAAUUAAUUAUGCAUGUAUGUAAGUGUGAUAAGAAAUAAGAAUUAAAUCUAGGGAGAAUAAAA